AUGAAGAAGGCCUCAUCCGACCCUGAUAUAGCUACCAAAGGCUCUGAUGUACAGCCCGUAGCUUAUGGACUCUCCGAUCGGCCGGAUACUGAGCUUCGCGACCUGCCGCCCUUGAACGAGCCCGUCGCAGCAACUGCUACAACCGCAGCAACAUCCAAUCCAACCAACCAGACCUCCAACAGCCGCAAUGGCGCUGCCGUGUCUCCCCUCAGCCCUGAUGCGCCCAGCAUCGUCAACAAAAUCCCAGAUGCCAACUUCCUCAAGCCGGCAUCCGCCAAGAAGCGCUUGUCAGCGCCAUCCUCGCAAGAUGAGAGGCAGGGGUCUAUCUUAGGGACCAAGGAAGCAGAAGCAAACGCCUCCACGACCCCCGAUACAGCUAGUUUCGAGAAUGACAACGACAAUGGUGACGAAAAGAAAAAGCGUACCUUUGUCGAGGAAUUCCGUAGAUCCUUCUGGCUGGUCCUCACCCACAGCUGGUUCAAUGUCUUGCUGGUCUUUGUGCCGCUCGGCAUCAUUCUUGCCAACAUCAAUGGCAUUAAUAGUGGCAUCGUCUUUGCCAUGAACUGUAUCGCCGUGAUCCCCCUCGCUGGCCUUCUCAGCUUCGCGACCGAGUCCGUGGCCCUUAAGAUGGGCGACGCCCUUGGCGCCUUGCUUAAUGUGACGUUUGGAAACGCUGUGGAAUUAAUCAUCUUCAUCAUUGCUCUGGUCAAGGAUGAAAUCCGUAUUGUCCAAGCGUCUCUCCUGGGUUCCAUCCUGGCCAACCUGCUGCUCAUUUUGGGCAUGGGCUUCUUCCUUGGUGGACUACGCUUCCGAGAGCAAGUCUACAACAGCACUGUUACUCAAAUGAGUGCCUGUCUUCUCAGUUUGAGUGUCAUCAGUCUUGUCUUGCCUACGGCUUUUCACGCCUCCUUUAACGAUCCUAACUUGGCCGACCGCGAAUCGCUCAAGAUUAGCCGCGGCACUAGCGUUAUUCUGUUACUGGUCUAUGUCAUCUAUCUCCUAUUCCAGCUGAAAUCGCACGCAUAUCUAUAUGAGUCGACUCCUCAGAAUAUCGUCGAUGCCGAGUCCGUUCCGGGCCCCGCUGCAGCUUGGCUGGAUUCUUCAAGCUCAGACUCCAGCUCGUCUCAUAGCUCGGAUUCGGACGACUCCAGUCACUCUCGGGAUACAGUUCGCCGUGCCAUGAGGAAGGUCCUUCGUCAUGGACGCAGAAGAAAGUCGUCUGUUGCCUCCGUGGAAACCAGCGAUUUGCAACCUACUAGGACUUCAUCCUUUGGUACCACAACUACUAGUCCCCAAGAAGAGUCUUCAGAAACUUCUUCUCGUCCACAGUUCCCCCGACUUGGAUCUACCGAGACAAAUGAAGAGGCUGUUGAGGACGAAGAGAGGUCUCACAGGCACAGAAGGCCUAGCAUUCGACACAUGCGCAAGAAGUACAAGAAGCACCGUCGUCACCGCCAUCGUGAUGCAGAGGGCGAUGCUCAGCAGGCAAUCACUGAACGACCGGAACAGAAUUCGCAGAAUCCUCGUGGAGAAGGAGAACCUCGCCGUGUCGACUUUGCUAUCCCCAACGAUCCAGUUGCGGAUAGUGGCAACGAGGCGUCUAAGCGGCCAUUCCCUGCUCUACGCGUCAUGUCUGUCAAGAACCUGGCACCCACUGUCUUUGUCCAGAAGCCCGAGGAGGAUGUUUUAGCUGCCGUCGGGGGUCCUGUUCCUCGUGUUCGUUACGGAAUUCGACGUACCAACUCCCUUCCCGAUAGGCUCAACCAUCAAAUCCGACCUCCCGGCGCCAUGUUGCCAGCCCAAGUGCCCUUGACCGCCUUGACGGCGAACGGCUCUGAAGGGGAAGAAGAUGAAGAACACCUCACCCAGACGGCAGCCAUUAUUCUUCUACUUGUUACAACCGGUCUUGUCGCGGCAUGUGCUGAGUUUCUCAUUGGUUCCAUCGAAGACGUCGUCGCCACGUCGAGCGUCGGCGAAAUCUUUAUCGGUCUCAUCGUCCUACCCAUUGUGGGUAAUGCGGCGGAGCACGUUACUGCGGUGACUGUGGCGAUGAAGAACAAGAUGGAUCUGGCUAUCGGUGUUGCCAUUGGCAGCUCCAUCCAGAUUGCCAUCUUUGUCACGCCCUUGGUCGUUAUCUUGGGCUGGAUCAUGGACAAAGAAAUGACACUGUACUUUACCCUCUUUGAGACGGUGUGUCUCUUUGUGUCGACCUUUAUGGUCAACUUUCUUGUUUUGGAUGGCCGAAGCAACUACCUCGAAGGAGCCCUGCUUUGUGCAGUUUAUUGCAUUAUUGGCGUUGUCGCCUUUUUCUACCCAUCCGAGGCCGAUGCAAACUCGUGGGGCAGCUAG